UCUACUGGGGGCAACAUGCCAGCAAUCACCAUUUCACAAUAAGCAUUCAUCAUAUUCAAUAAGUUUUCUUCUUCACUUCACUUGUGUUCUUUACAGAGAAAAUGGCGUCAUCUUCAUUAGCUGUUCACUUCCAAAUCCCUUCUCAGAAAUCUUCUUUAACGUUGAAGCCUUCUAGCCGGCGUUUCAAGAUUUGCCCUGUUUCUGCCACCGUGUCGGAUACUCCGCCGUCGGUUUCCUUGUCCCCGGUCCCGGAGAAACUCCCAAAAAGGAAAAUACCCGGCGACUAUGGGCUGCCGUUGAUCGGGCCGUGGAAAGAUCGGCUGGACUAUUUCUACAAUCAAGGAAGAGAGGAGUUUUUCCGGUCUCGGGUUCAGAAAUACGGGUCGACGGUUUUCAGGACGAACAUGCCACCCGGCCCGUUCAUUUCCUUCAGCCCUAACGUCGUGGUUUUGCUCGACGGCAAGAGUUUUCCGACGCUGUUUGAUCUGGGAAAGGUCGAGAAACGGGAUCUCUUCACCGGAACUUUCAUGCCCUCCACGGAACUCACCGGCGGGUACCGGAUCCUCUCGUAUCUGGACCCGUCGGAGCCGAAGCACGCGCAACUGAAGCAGCUGAUGUUCUUUCUCCUCUCCUCCCGGCGCGGCCACGUCAUACCGGAGUUCCACCGGAGCUUCACGGAGAUGUUUGAGGGUUUGGAGAAGGAGGUAGCUAGCAAGGGUAAAGUCGGCUUGAAUGCCGCUAACGAUCAGGCGGCUUUCAAUUUCUUGGCCCGAUCGUGGUUCGGAGUUGAUCCGGCGGGGACGAAGAUCGGAAACGACGGCCCUAAUCUCGUCGGGAAAUGGGUAGUGUUUAAUCUCCAUCCUUUAUUAGUUCUCGGGCUCCCUAAGGGUUUAGAGGAAGCUCUCCUCCAUACUUUCCGGUUGCCGGCGGCGCUGGUGAAGAAAGAUUACCAGAGGCUCUAUGAGUUCUUCUACGCCAACUCAACGGAGAUUCUCGACGAGGCCGAGAAUCUCGGGCUGUCACGUGAGGAGGCCUGUCAUAACCUCCUCUUCGCCACGUGCUUCAACUCGUUCGGAGGUAUGAAGAUUUUCUUCCCCAACAUGAUCAAGUGGAUCGGCCGCGGCGGCGCGAAGCUGCACGCGCAGCUGGCGCGGGAGAUCCGGUCGGUCGUGAAAUCCAACGGCGGGAAAGUCACGAUGGCCGGGAUGGAACAGAUGCCGUUGAUGAAGUCGGUGGUGUACGAGGCCCUCCGGAUCGAACCGCCGGUCCCGGCCCAAUACGGCCGGGCCAAACGCGACUUCGUCGUCGAGUCACACGACGCCGUAUUUGAAGUCAAGGAAGGGGAGAUGCUAUUCGGGUUCCAACCGUUCGCCACAAAAGACCCGAAGAUCUUCGACCGGGCCGAGGAGUUCGUGCCGGACCGGUUCACCGGCGAGAACGCAAACGAACUCUUGAGCCACGUGUUAUGGUCUAACGGCCCGGAAACGGAGAGCCCCACCGUGAACAACAAACAGUGCGCCGGCAAGGAUUUCGUCGUCUUGGUUUCACGGCUGAUGGUCGUCGAACUUUUCCUCCGGUACGAUUCUUUCGACAUCGAGGUGGGAACGUCGCCGUUAGGUGCUUCCGUCACCGUAACGUCACUGAAGAGAGCCAGUUUCUGACGUGGUAUAUUUGCCUACAGUUUUAUUAUCCUUGUUGUAAUAUGUUGGGAUUAAUUUUUUUUUUUAAUGAAAUCAUAAUUUUUAUUUCUUUUAUA